AUGCAGCGGGGUAGAAGUCGUGACAGGUGGCGGCGUGAUGGCGGCGUGAAGUCCGCGGCAGGUGGCGGCAUCCAUGGCUGCACGAAAUUAUGUCGCUAUGGAAUUAUUGCACUUUGUAUUGUUGGGGGCAAAUCUCGCACAAAAUCGCGUUCGUUCCGAAUCCCGUUCCUCUUUCAACUAGCCUCCAAGAUGCCUACCAAGAAGUCGAAGACCAGGAAACUCCGAGGACAUGUCAGCCACGGACAUGGUCGCGUUGGCAAGCACAGGAAGCAUCCUGGAGGUCGUGGUAAUGCUGGUGGCAUGCAUCAUCACAGAAUCAAUUUCGACAAAUAUCUCAUUGCCUUGCUCCUCUGUAACUCCGGCUGUCGCCAUAUUUUUCCUUAUCAGGAACCCGAAGGACCCGCCCCCAUCAUCGAUGCUGUGCGCGCUGGCUAUUACAAAGUCCUGGGCAAAGGCAAGCUGCCCAAGCAGCCUGUGAUUGUCAAGGCCAAGUUCUUCAGUCGACAGGCCGAGGAGAAGAUCAAGGCAGUGGGAGGAGCCUGCGUGCUGAUGGCAUAACGAUCUUGUCUGUGUGUUUUUGCAGAAAUAAACUGUAUAAAUGGAAA